AUGUCGUUCAAUCCUCUUUCCGCUAUUCUUAAAGAACACAAACUCGAAGGUCAUAACUAUAUCGUAUGGAAACAAAACUUAGAUAUCGUUCUCACUGCCGAAGAGUACAAAUAUGUGCUCACUACUGAAUGUCCACCUGAACCUGCUGCAAAUGCUUCUGCAGCAGUGAAAGAAACAUACAGAAAGUGGUGUAAAGCCAAUGAGAUGACGAAGUGCUACAUGUUGGCUUCUAUGUCAACAGUACUUCAACAUCAGCAUCAAGGCAUGAACACUGCUACUGAGAUUAUGAACAAUCUUAAUAACCUUUUUGGUACUCAGAAACGAGCGGCUAAAUCUUUAGCCUUUCGAAGCAUCAUGACUAAGAGUUUUCCAGCUAGUUAUCAGCAGUUCAAGCUCAAUUUCGAGGUGAACAAGAGGGCUUACACCCUAGCUGAACUGUUGACUGAGUUGCAGUCAGCGGAGGAUCUUAUGGUCCAGACAAAGGCUGCUAUGAUGAGUUCUAGGCCGCCUUCCUCAGGCUCUAAGCCAGGUAAGGGGAAGAAGAAAUCCCAGAAUGUUGUAGCACCAAAGAUAGCUUAG